AUGUCACUGGAACCCAUUACUCUCCUCACCCUGCCGGAGGUUGUCAAAGAUCACUUGAUGGAAUAUUUGAAUUAUAUUGAUAUUGUCCGUCUUCGCAAAACUUGCCAUGUCUUCCGGAACUAUCUGAUUGCAAAGUUACCCGAUGCUACUAUUCCUACUGUUGAAGUUGUACAAAAGGAGGAAAGCAUGGUGCUUAGAUGCAGAACAAAAUAUCUUAAAGAUCUGCUAAAGAUUGAGUAUAAAAAAGUCAAUGAGGGAUGCUCCAUUGAAGCGAACAUCGAGCAAGGGGACACUCGAAUUGUUAGAGCAAACGGACAAAAUUAUAUGGAUGUAUUCUGUCAAGACUUCACGAUGCUUCUCCAACACCAGAAAUUAAUUUCUGAGGAAUUGGAUUUCAGUGCACUGGCAUAUCCUGAAAAUCGUUCAGAGUUUUGGAACACGAUUCGGAGAGUGAUGGAAAACACUGAGGCGGCUACCGGGAAGAGACUAUUGCUCAAGAACAAAAAGUUGACUCUCCAAAAUGUAUCGGCACCGCAUGUUUUCUCUAUUUUCAAUUAUUUGGAUCCAAACUGCUUGAAAAGGAUCUUCUUGAAUGGAGAGCAUGGAGAUGCAAUUGACGGAAUCGUCGAAUUGCCUCAUUGGGAUAAUUUGAAAACUGUCAUAAUUGGCCGUUUCUUUAUGAGGAAUAUUCCACAGAAUAUAACUCAUUUGCAAAAUUUUUUCGCUUACGUUAAAGAUUUUACCGCUGAGGAUGUAUUACAGAUAAAAAAAAUCAUGCUACGUUCUGGUCAGUUGAAAAAAUGUACCUUUCUUUUCAAUUCAAACCAAGACGAGAGUUUUCAACAAUCACUUGGCCCAAUAUUCGAAGAGGGAAAACAUUGUUCAGAGACUAAGAAAACGUGGAAAUUCGAUUCUCCAAUACCAGGAAAAGUUCUGAAAAUUUCAUUGUUCGGACCAGUAAUUAGUUUUGAAAUGAAAUAA